GUCAUCAUUAAAUCGCUAAAUUUGUAAAAAUGUUAGCUGAAACCUGUCGAAAAUGAUGGAUUCGCGUUCGCGGAGUAAUAGAACUACAGAUUAGAUAGCUUACAACAAAAUGGUUUAUUAGUUUAAUUGUGUAAAUAUUCUAAAAGAGGUAAAGAGUGAUUUCAGUGUGCAAAAGUCAUAAGACUUGUGUCAUCUGUCUGCUCUUCCUUCAAGAUGGCUCCUCCACCGGAGUAUGAUAAGGAACCAAAAGCCCCGGAUAAAAGUGUCACAACUGUUUCCAAUGACGAUUCCAAAAUACUGUACAAUAUCAUUAAGGAUCAGUCAAUUAACUCUGAUCAUAAAAUCACGACUGCGGGUGCCAACUCUGAAGGGGAGAACAAACACGUGGAGACUCUCGACGACGGACAACUACGCGCGCUGCUUGAUGAAGCUAUUACAUACAAGUGUCCCAAAGACCGCGAAGGGAAGAGCAGUCUGUUCAAGGAACUGCUCGAGGAGGUGGAACAAGACGAGCAAGCGUGUGAGGCUGCGGCGAGGGGGCUGGGAGCGGGACGCGGCGGGCGGCGCGGGCGAGGCCAUCGUGAACAUCACUCCAGCUUACAGGACCUAGUGGCGGCGAUGGCGGGAGAGGCGGCGCCGCGACGCGGUCGUGCGCACGCGCACGCGCACGCACACACCGCGCCGCCCGCCGCCAGCGUGUCCGCGCGCGCGCUGCACGGCGGCAGUCUGCCCUCCGGCGUCGACACCUCUUUCCUGCUGAGCGAGGACGCGGGCGGCAUCGGCUGCGGACCCACCCGCGGCGGGUACCUCGCCACGGUGCGCUGCGUCAACCCGCCGCCGCUGGCGGAGCGCCGCGUGUCGGCCGGCGACGCCAACCCACCCGAGCAGGCGCUGGUCUCGCAGGCGCAGGACGAUACUGCCAGGAGGAGUAAGCCGUCGUUCCCGAUGACGUACACGGCGCGCGCGACGCUCGAGAUCGGCAGCGGCAGCGUGUGCUCGGGCCGCGCGGUCACCACCACCACCGCCUCCAACCAGGUCGAUUCUGCGAUACCGUUCAGCUGCAUCACAACACCAGAGGUCGUGGCGAGCUGUAACACGACGUCUUCUACGUCUCAGCCGACGACCGCUAUCGAUCCUAAGCCACGCAGCGUUAUAUCGAGCAGCUUCAACGGGCUGCCGUUGUCGCGGCCCGGUUACGGCUCGACCACGGACGACUAUAAGGUGCCUAUACUCACUGUGCACUACCGUUUACAGAAAUCUCUUGAUGAAAACGGCAAUGCGGUACAAGGGUUCAGUUCACCUCUCUCAGGCUCUAGUCAACUAAAGAAACCGAGGAGGAAAAAGUCGUCGAAGAACGAGACGGUGAUCAAAUCCCACCAGAUAGACGGCUACCAGGGCAACAAGGAUCUCAACGAAGUGCUCCGCUUCAUCGAGUCGAACGCGGAAGGCGCGCGCGGGCCCAAGCUCGGCCGUGUCAAGCACAAGGACGACUCCGACGACAAGGGGGGCAAGAAGCGCUCCACCGAACGCCGCAAGGACAAGGAGAGCAAGAUGAAGAGAGCUACCUCCAUGGAAGAGCUAUCGCGCACUAAACUCGAGGACCUCACUGAUAAGCCCGCUUUGCGCACAGCCAAGCCUCGCGGCUCCGUCGCGCCCGCCAAGCCCGAGCGGCGCUCCUGGGGAGACGAUGCGCGCGCAUUGCUCUACCGCGCGCCGACCUCCACGGACCCCGAUCCCCCGGCCCUCGAACUCACAGAGUUCCAAACUGUCACCAAGAAGCGCAAGACUCGGCGUCGCGCCGACGACGGCGAGCGCGAGACCGACGUCGCGCCGCGACGCACUCGCUUGCCCUCCGCAGAAUCCCGCGCGCGCCCCUCGGCCCCGGCCUCCGCCGCGCCCUCCGACCGAAGCAACGACUCCAACGACGACAUGGACUCCGUACACUCGCUGCCCGCCCUCGCCCCCGUCGCGCCGGCGCCUCCCCCGCCGCCGCCGCAUGCAUCCUACGCGGACAUCGCGCGCACCCGACAUAACAUACCGGACCUCAUCGAGUCCUGCAACUUCUACGCGGAAGGUGAGGCGGAACCGCGGUCGGACGGGGGCAGCGUGCCGACCGGAGGUGCGGCGACGCCGGGGGGGGUGCAGGCGGGCGAGGCGGAGCAGUACCCGGCGCUGGCGGCGCGGCGCGCACGCGAGAAGCCGCCGCUCCCGGUCGUGCGAGCGCCGCGCAAGGAGCGGCCGGAAACGCUGACGGCGGCCGAGCCCCCGGCGCCGGCUCCGGACGUGGUGGCGGACCGGCGGCCGCCCGUCAUCCUGCUCGACUCGGCGGCGCGGCCCGGCGACAUGGACGGCGUGACGUUCGGGUUCGACAUCAACGAGCAGCUGCUGGGCGGCUCGGCGCGGCGCGGCGCGCGCGUGGACCUGCUGCGCGACGCGCCGGAGCACGCGCGCGCGGGCGCGGCGCCGGCGCUGCUGGCCGUGCCCGUGCCCGUGCGCGCGUGCGCGGCGCUGCGCUACGUGCCGCCCGACUUGCCGCUCGACGCUGCACAUUUGCUGCAGAUCGUCGAUUACGUAGGCGCCGCGUGGGAGGACGUGGUGCGUUGCGGAGGAGGCAAGGUGCGCUACUUUAGCGAGUAGUGCUGACAUGUUGCGUGAAACGUGAAACUUUCGUAAAAUAUACUGACGAUACUGAUGUUACGUGUUAAAGUGAGAGUUUAUUUUAAAUAUGAAGUUCGCCGUGUAAAAGAACGGUUUUCAUGCUAGUGAGUGAGGACCUGCGCGUGUGUACGGUUAAUGUUAUGCCGCUUACUGUUUCCUCUGAUGGAAGUAUCUGCAGCCGUAGGCCUCGCGAUCGUGUAAAGUGUUUAGUGCAUUCCGAGUCAUUCGGACACUUGUUGCAGAUGGUGAAUGUAAAGUGAAAUAUUACAAACAUCCCGCGGGCGCGACCGCAGUGUGACCACGUAUGCCACAGCUUUCGCUCUGGCUGAUGUCUAUUCCAUAUGUCACUAUUUUGAUUCGAUCGAUGUAAUGUGACAUUCAAGUUAUAACCAAAAUUAAUUUCGUUUACGCUUUGUACAUAAGAAAGCCUAGAGCAUUUAAUAUUUGUAAUAAAACUUUCAUCCCUAUUAAAAGAAAUUUUAUAUUACAAUCUCAGUUAUAUUAUCGUCCUAAAUGUUAUAAUCUUCUCACGUGAUCUGGUAUCUGAGAGUUUAAUCCAAAUGCGCAGGUGCUAACAAAUUGUACCAUUAAACUAAAAUAUAUAUUUAUGUAUUUGAAUUUUUGAGUAUGUCUAAAGAGGAUAUGCGAGAUUUCUCAGUACCAGACAUGUCGAUUGGAGAAUUUGGUUUGUACUGAAUGUAAAAAGCACAUUUUGUUUCUGUUAAUGUUUUAUUGUGCUUGAAUUUUGUUAUGUAAUCACGAUUAUAAAUCCUCUCUAACUACUUACUUUUAAUUUGUUAUGUAUUUUUAAGUUUUACUAUUUUACUCUGUAAAUAAAAUAAACUAGGAAGUUGUAACUGGCCAUGAGUGAAAAAGGGGUCUUAAUAUUUCUAUUCGUUGAGUCAACUAACCUUGUCUUUUAUAAAAGAAAAAAAAAAAUUUUUCGUAUAUUUUCAUAAUUUACUAAUGAUUACAAGCUACUGGCAAGCACUGGAUUAUUAAUUUAUCGCUUAGGUAACUGAGCUUACCUUAUGGUUUGAAACGUAAUAUUACCGUCAAUUACAGAAAUGAAUUAAAAAACAUUAUUUGAUGUAAUAAUUGAAAAGUAUGGAAUACUAGUACUGAUAAAAAUCCACUGGAAUUGACUGAUUUACUGUCUAGGCUAAAUGCUAUUAGCCUCUGAAUGUAUAUAUUAUAAGCAAAAAUCGCUUAUAGUUUGUUUACAAAAUAAAACGACGAAGCGUCAAAGUAAUGCAAAUAAUGUCCACCUGUUUCAAAAAUCUCUAUCUCGUCUUCCAAAAAUGUCUCGACUUUUUUUAAUGAUAUAUAAACCCUCAAAAGUUGUAAAUGUAUCAGUAUUGUAUUUUUAUGAUUGUAACCAAACCCAGAACAAUUAAAUAUAGAUUUUAUCAUUAUAAAAAUGUGAUACUAUAUUUUAUUUGGCUGAAGUGCUCUGAGUUCUCAAAACGUUAUACUUGUUAUAAUGAUAAUAUAUGUGAUGUUCUCACUGAUUAUAAACAAAUGUAUUAAAAAUUGCGGCAUAUGUUAUGAAUUCUCAUAACUUUUCUUGGGGCUCAAAUUUCUUUGUUUAAAAACUGUACUAUUUCCUUGGAGACAUACUUUGCGUCAAACUUUAUGUAUUGCUAUACAAUGAUUCAUAUAUUUCUUAAUUCUUGUAUAAAGCUACUCAUAAAACUGACUGAAUUUAUAAGACCCAAAGCUAGUCCACAUAAAUGAAAAAUUAAAAAAAAUAACAUAUUUUUGUGAGCCUAGUUAAUAGUUAUUUACUAUUCAUUCAUGUAAGUAGGUGUAUGAUUAGUGGAUAAAAAUUUAUGUUAUUAUCUGUCCUAAUAUAAAUUAUGAAUAUAAUGAAUACCAAUAACCUAUUUUAUUAUUGCACUUGUUGUGUGUGAUACGCAUAGGUAACUGUAAAUCCUGCUGAUUAUAAUUAUUUCAAUAGGUCACUAUGUAUGUACACGCGGUCCUGGUAUUGCAUUUCUUUUUUCGUUACUGUAAGUUUAAAAAAAAUGUAACACUGAAUUAUUUAUUUUGUUAUAUGUAUGUACUAGCAAAAAAUAUUUUUAAAAGCUUUUGUUAUAAUUUCUUUUUGUUUGUUUUUGAGUGAAUCUUCUCCUAAUAUCAUUAAAAAUUGUUGACCAAUAUGUAAGCGUAUUAAUGACGUGAGACGUCUACCAGGAAUGUGUGGUUGUACGCAAUUGUGCCUGUUCCCACACAGUGCACAAAUAUACAAAAAGAUCCUACAAAUAUUAUUUUUUUUCGAUUUCAUUACAAAUAUCGCACACUGUACAAUCAAUGUCACAUAGACUAAAUUUAUUAAGACAGUGUAGAAAAUAUUAAAAAAUCCAAAAAUAAUACUAAAUUGUAAGUAGUAAGUAUACUGUGGUGUGUUUACUUUUCUCAUUAAAUAAUUAUAAAAGAACAUUAUCGAAGUGUAUGUAUUGUAAAAAUGCUCAUAUCAAAAAUAUAGAAAUAUUAUUUAUUGUUUCUUUUCAUUGUAAAAUAUGUAAAUAGUUGUGCAAAAAUAUUGUAUUAAUCGAAAAAAUAUUCAGUUGUCAUUAUUAGUGCAUUUGGAGGGUUAAAGGAUUCACAAAAUUAGAUAUUCAAUUGAACCGGUGACCGCUUAACGUAUCGUUACAUCGCUGGUAUUUUGAUAAUUUUACGAUGAGCUGGUAUAAUUAGCGAAAUAAAAAUAUGUAAACUGCAUCGGGUUUGAAAAAAACUACAAAAAAAUUACCAACUUUUUUUAAUUAUACUAGCUCAUACAACGCUGGAGGAUUUAUUUUUGUACUCCUUAGGUAUUUUGAAACUGCCCAUAUUUUAUAAAUAAGCAAAGAGUGCGCUUUGGUUUUUUCGACUUGCUUCAUUGGCUGUCUCUGAAAAUGUUGCAAUAUAACCUUAAUAAUAAAAGACUUGAAUAUUUUAUGCGACACGUCUGAGAGUCUAAAUAGUUUUACAUAAGAGAAUAAAAAUAUAGUAUGAAUGAGCUAAUUGUUCUUUUUAAGUUCAGUUCCUAAGAACUGGAGUGAUAAUUAAUGCUUAGAAAUUAUUGGCAAAGUGUAAAUGUAUAAAUAAAUUAUUGCGGAAACAUAAGUUUCUACAAUUGUCUCUUUGUCUGAUUAAAUAUCACAUUAAAUUUUUAAAUAUAGAGCUAUUUAUUUUAAGAUUAGAUAAAAAGUGUAGAGAAUAUAAAUGUAUAAUGGCUCUGGCUACAAUUUUAUUUUUUUGUUCAGAAAUCGAGACAAUUGUUCAUGUAUAUAUAUAAUAACCAUAUUAAAUAUAUAUUUAUCUGCUUUACAUCUAACUUUGCGAUUCUAAUUUUUUAUUCUGUUUCUGAACCGGAUGUUACUUUAUGUAUUAAUGUUUGGUUUGUGACUUUAAACCUGAUAUUUUUUUAUUAACUUUAAAAAAUAAAUUGCAACGAGAUGCUUUUGUUGUAUUGGUUUCUAUUAUUAAUAAUUAUUUUAUAGUAGUGUCGGCAGAUUAAAUAAGAAAAUAGCAUUUUCUUGUAUUAAAAUAAAUAGAACCAAAUAUAUCAAAGGAUAUUUAUUAUAAGCUUGUGAUUACUCAAUUAUUAUAUAAAUAUGUUUGUUUUUAGUUAAGGAAACAGAGUAAAAAUCU